GGAAGCUGCGCUGCCCAAGCAAGUGCGGAGCCAACUUUCUGCUGCCUCCGCCAGCGCCGCUGCCGACUCGGGCCCCCCCCGCUCUGACCGGCCCCCCCGGGCCCCGAGCUCGCCCUGCCCCGCUCCCGAUGCUGGCGGAGGGUUUCUCCCCUCCACGAUGAUGCUUCUGCGCUGGCUGCCCGCGAUCUUCAGCCACUGGCUGCUGCUGAAGGUGGUCUGUGUGGAGGGCCACAUGACCAAAACCCUGGGCUACCUGGAGCUGGGCACCUCGGGGCUCCUCAAGACCCUCCCGUCCGGUGCCUUGAAGCCUCCGCCCCUGCCCCCGGCCCGGCUGUUCUCCGGGGAGCCCUCAAAGGCCAAGGCCGGUGCCCUGACCCCUUGGGCCUGGCCUAGGAACCAGACGGGCACCGAGCCCCCUGGCCAGCGGGGCCAGCGCAAGCCCUCACUCAAGACAGGCCGGGCCCGGAAGAUCUUCGGCUGGGGCGACUUCUACUUCAACAUCAAGACGCUCAAGUUCAGCCUGCUGGUGACGGGCAAGAUCGUGGACCACGUCAACGGCACCUUCAGCGUCUACUUCCGGCACAACUCCUCCAGCCUGGGCAACGUCUCCGUCAGCAUCGUGCCCCCGGGCAAGGUGGUGGAGUUUGACGUGCUGGGGCCCCCGCCGGCCACCGAGCCCCAGCAGGCCACCCUGCCCGAGGCCAAGGAGCCCAGGGCCUUCAACUGCCACGUGGAGUACGAGAAGACCAACCGGGCCCGGAAGAACAAGCCCUGUCUCUACGACCCGGCCAAGGUGUGCUUCACCGAGCACACGCAGAGCCAUGCUGCCUGGCUGUGCGCCAAGCCCUUCAAGGUCAUCUGCAUCUUCGUCUCCUUCUGCAGCUUUGACUACAAGCUGGUGCAGAAGGUCUGCCCCGAUUACAACUUCCAGCACGACCGCCCCUACUUCGGCUGAACCCCCUCCCGGCCCCCCAACAUAAAAACCCAGCUCGCGCAGCGUCCGGGGGGGGGGAAGGACCCUGCCUCGCCCUGGUGGGGCUGGAGGAUGGGCUUCUCCCAGCCGCAUGGAGGACGGGGUGCCAUGGAACGGGUGCGGGGGACUCUGUGUGGCCGCCCCCACCACAGGCUGUGGCAUGCCCCUGUGGGGAUCUGUGGACCGGACUCUUUGCUCCACCAGCUACGGGCCUGCGGAACCGCUCGGGACCUGGCCAGGCUGGGCUAAGGCAGCUGGAUUCCCUUGGACCGCGGUGGAAGGACUGGCAGGGGGACAUGUGAGCAGCGCAGCCAGAGCCGGUGGCCCCAUCCCUGGGGAAUGGGGGGACGAGGACCAGUGGCUGCACAGGGCAACCGAGUGACACAUAUCCAGAGGUGCAAAUUGGCACGGGGGUGUGUGCACCUGCAUUGUGUAAAUGUAUCUGGGAUAUUGGGGGUGCUGGCUAGCAUGUGAUUGGUGGGGGUGUGCAUGUGUAAAUGUAUCAGUGGGGGUGUCAGGUGUUGGCUGGAGUGUGAUUUGUGGGUGUGUGUGUGUAAAUGUAUCCGUGAUAUCGGGGGGGUGCAUGUGUAAAUGUAUCUGUGAUAUCGGGGGUGUGUGUGUAAAUGUAUCGGUGAUAUGGGGGGGUUGGCUGACAUGUGAUUGGCGGGGGUAUGUGUGUGAAAAUGUAUCAGUGAUAUUGGGGGGGGUGUAUGGAUUGAUGGCUUGGGGCCCAGCGCAGACAGGUACCUUUGCCAGCCAUCGCCCAUGGCGAGCCAACCCGCCCUUCUGACUCCUCCCGGGGGGGGUCUGGGGGGCUGGGGCUGUGGUGAGAGCUGCUGGCCCUCCUGGCUCUGACCCCAGCGGGCUGAGCCAGGAGCCGGCCCCGGGGAUGACAGGACGAUGCCUGCCCAGCGCUGCACCCCCGGAUCCAGCCCGGCUGUAAGCGGGUGCCAGUUUCCCUUCGCUCCCCUAGAGUCGUGCCCACCCCUACCCCCUGCACAGGGGAGGGAGCACGUUAUUCGGGAGGGGACCAGGGCCUGCCCCCAUUUCUCUCUCCCCCAUGUGCUCCCUACCCAGCCCUGCCCGACUGCACCCCCACGCCCUUCAGGCCACAGGGCCGCCCCGGUGCUGUGGGACGGAAGCUGUGGGGGGGGACCCUUCUGCCUGCUCCCCUUUUCCAGCCCCAGGCUCUCCCCCUUGCUCAGGGACUCCCCUAGACCCCUGCAGGGCUGGGAAGGAGCCGAUCACGGGCAUGGCGGAGGGGGAAGGCAGAUCAUGGCCGGAUUCCCACGCACGGCUAAGGUGGCAAAGGGCGAUGGAGAGUCCAGCAGAAAGAGUGUGAAGUAAGACCAUGGGGGGGGGUUGGGUGUGUCUCACAUCUGUGCGCUGGUGUGUGUUUGCAUCCUUUGUGGCUGUGUGGCUGUGCACGUGUGAGUGCUUGGAUGUGUAUCUGCGGGGUGGUCACACGUGUGUCUCUCUGUAGCGGGCUUGGUUUUGCAGUCCUGGCACGGAGGGAGGGGGCCCAGCCCUGGCUCUCUGAGAUGUGCCCCUGGAUCUCAGCAAGAGCCUUCCCCUGCUUCCCCCUCAUCUGGCAGUGCCAUCCUGCCCAGCCCCCAGCGACUGGUGUGGUGCCCGCCACGGGGGCAGGCAGGUCCCCCCCAGACAGAGCCCCCCCAGCUGUCGAUCGCUCGUCACCGCACGGUCAGGAGCUAUAAAAUGUGAAUUUGAGUGAAGAAGUAAGUGCCAUGGAGUUGGGGGGCCAGGACGAGCUGGGGUCACCUCCCCUGGGCUGAGCUGUACACUGGGUCGGGGCAGGGCCCUGUAGCCCCAGUCACCCCCCCCCCCGUGCUCUGGGCAGCACCCCUCCGGCUCAGUCACCCCCCCAUGCUCCGGGCAGCACCCCUCCGGCUCAGUCACACCCCCCCAUGCUCCGGGCAGCACCCCUCCGGCUCAGUGACCGUGCCCCCUCUGGGCUGAGAUUUCUUCAUAUUUUUGUAACAAAAUAAACUUGAGGGAAAAAUGUGAUUAAAAAAAAUGAAUGAA